UCUCAACGUGUAUCUUCACCUCCAACAUUUUCAUCAUCGCAUCAAUCGACAACAUCCACAUCUUCACAGCUUCCGGGGAGCGCUCGACUCCAGCAUCGGCAUACGCUCGAGGUCCCCAAAGUCUCGGCGUCUCGUAUGUCCCGCGAGUUCGCCGGUGUGAACGCCGAGGACGUUGCAACAUCUACAGGUCGUUUCUCGCCCAACACACCAACGAGACGACGUGGUUCAAUGUCCCUCGUGCGCAGAGGUACUCGAUCAAUACAAUCGGAUGUGCUCGUCGAUGAGGUUCAAGACGAGGAUGCUGCACGAUAUGCUGAGCUUGCCAAAAAGCGCGCCAGUAAAAGGAAACGCAAAGAGGAAGAGGACGACGAUCUGGUGGUAGUCGGAACCAAAGUCGAACAGGGCCAUGUCAACUAUGUGACAGCAUACAAUAUGCUGACGGGCAUUCGCUUCACUGUUUCCAGGACAAAUGCCAAGAUGAAUCGAGACCUUGAAGAGAAAGACUUCACAGACAGCUUCAAGUUCUCAUUUGAUGUCAACGGCAACGAACUCACGCCGUCCGCCAAAUACGACUUCAAAUUCAAGGACUACGCUCCAUGGGUUUUCCGGCACCUGAGAAUAAUCUUCCAACAAGAUCCCGCGGACUACUUGAUGUCUCUGACUAGCAAGUAUAUCUUGUCCGAGCUUGGUUCGCCUGGCAAGAGUGGCAGCUUCUUCUAUUUUUCGAGGGACUACAAAUACAUCAUCAAGACAAUCCACCACGCGGAGCACAAAUUUCUACGGAAGAUCUUGGUAGAAUAUUACGAUCACGUCCGCCAUAAUCCCAACACUCUCCUUUCACAGUUCUACGGUCUCCAUCGAGUCAAGCUUCCUUACGGACGGAAAAUACACUUCGUCGUCAUGAACAACCUAUUCCCACCGCAUCGAGACAUCCACCACACCUUCGACUUGAAAGGCUCAACUAUAGGUCGAGACUUUCGAGAAGAGGAUUUAGAGAAGAACCCACGCGCAACCUUGAAGGAUUUGAACUGGCUACGAAGGGAUUUGCAUCUGGAGUUUGGUCCUACCAAGAAAUCGGCCUUCAUAGCACAGAUGGAGCAGGAUGUUAAGCUUCUGCAGCGCCUCAAGAUAAUGGACUACUCUUUGCUUAUUGGGAUUCAUGACUUGGAGAAGGGAAACGAAGAGGGUCUUCGUGAGAAGAACUUACAAGUCUUCCAGCCUAUGGGAGAUGAACCUGAAGACUUUCAACCAAAUCCGCUGUUACGGACACCUUCGAAGCUAGAGAAUGCUCGGAAAGCGAAAGAAUUGCGGGCGACGUUGAAGCUACAGAAGCCAGUUCCUAUGGGUCAAACAAAUACUAAAAUGCCAGACGAGGCCGUAGAAGGGAAGACGAAUUUCUACUUUUACAGCGAUGAUGGCGGCUUUCAGGCAACACAUGAGGACGAUCGACCAGGCGAAGAGAUUUACUACCUGGGUAUCAUUGACUGUUUGACCCACUACAGCCUUAUCAAACGAAUGGAACAUUUCAUCAAAGGCCUGUCAAAUCAGGAGUCUCAAAUUUCUGCAAUACCCCCCGAGCGCUAUGGAGAUCGCUUUGUUCGAUUCAUUUCCGCAGUCACCAAAACCAAGGAAGCCGCUGACGCCGAGAAGCUGGAAGAAGAACGCCGGGAGAGUGAAAUGCCCAGCGCUUCAAUCGAGCAAGCUCGUCAAACGCCCACUGAAAAGGUCAUCGAGAAAGCAGAGAAGGUUGCCGAGCGCUCGAAAAGACAUGGCCAAAGUGAAGAGAAUAUUCCGGAACGCAGCAUCACAGUAGUCCGAAGUCCAAGUGCAGAGCGCGGCGAACUGGGCUAUAGUCUGCCAGUUGUGGAGGAAGCACAUGAAACGAGUAGUGUUGAUGGACGUAGC